CAAACGGGGCCUGCCCUACACGAGUCCCGUCACCCGUCACCCGUGUGCGCUGUUUUCAGACCUCAAUGCAUUGCGCCAUAGUCCAUAGACUAGAAAUCCGCUUCACAGAAAACCCUAAACCCCUGUUUAAACGCCCGAAGGCCCCCAACAUGCCAUUGGGGCUACCUUCUUCCAAAACCCUAGCAAGAUAGAGCCCGAGAGUGGGAAAGGCAAGAAUUUUUAACACCCCUUACGCUUGCGAAAUCGUUGGUUUCGCUGCUGUGUUAUCUAAUGGCGUUGUACAUACUUUACGAGUCUUCCUCUGGGUACGCUCUUUUUCUGGCUCAUGGCAUCGAUGAAAUUGGACAGAACACUGAAGCAGUUCGGAACUCUGUAUUGGAUCUAAAUCGGUUUGGAAAAGUCGUCAAGCUUGUAGCAUUUCAUCCAUUCGAGUCUGCACUCGAUGCUCUGAAUCAAUGCAACGCUAUUUCUGAAGGACUUAUGACCGAUGAGCUAAGAAACUUCUUAGAGCUCAAUCUCCCAAAAAUUAAGGAGGGUAAAAAGGCUAAAUUCAAACUAGGAGUUGCAGAACCGAAGAUUGGGUCACAUAUUUCUGAAAUAACUAAAAUUCCUUGCCAAAGUAAUGAGUUUGUUCUUGAACUUCUUCGUAGUGUCCGGUUGCACUUUGACAGGUUUAUCAAGGACCUUAAGCCUGGUGACUUGGAAAAGGCCCAACUUGGUUUGGGACACAGUUACAGCAGGGCAAAGGUCAAGUUCAAUGUGAACAGGGUUGACAAUAUGGUUAUUCAGGCCAUCUUCCUUCUUGAUACUCUUGAUAAGGAUAUCAACUCCUUUUCCAUGCGAGUCAGAGAGUGGUACUCAUGGCAUUUUCCUGAAUUAGUGAAGAUUGUCAAUGACAACUAUCUUUAUGCCAAAGUUGCAAAAUUUGUAGAGGACAAAUCAGAAUUGUCUGAAGACAAAAUCCCAGGCUUAGCUGAGAUACUAGGGGAUGAAGACAAAGCAAAGGAGAUUGUUGAAGCAGCCAAAGCAUCAAUGGGACAGGAUUUAUCCCCAAUCGACUUGAUUAAUGUCCAGCAAUUUGCCCAGAGGGUUAUGGAUCUGUCUGAGUACAGGAAGAAGCUCUAUGAGUAUCUGGUGACUAAAAUGAAUGACAUUGCACCAAAUUUGACUUCUCUGAUUGGUGAAAUUGUUGGGGCCCGUUUAAUUUCCCAUGCUGGCAGUCUCACAAAUUUGGCCAAGUGCCCUUCUUCUACACUUCAGAUACUAGGUGCUGAGAAAGCACUCUUCAGAGCACUGAAAACCCGAGGAAACACCCCAAAGUAUGGUCUGAUCUUUCAUUCAUCUUUUAUUGGUCGUGCAUCUGCAAGGAACAAGGGCCGCAUGGCUCGUUAUCUUGCAAAUAAGUGUUCUAUUGCAUCUCGUAUUGAUUGUUUUUCAGAGAUGAACACUAAUAUUUUUGGGGAGAAACUCCGCGAACAGGUUGAAGAGAGGCUGGACUUUUAUGAUAAGGGGGUUGCACCUCGCAAAAAUGUUGAUGUGAUGAAAGCAGCUAUUGAAAGUACUCAAACCAAAGAUGGUGAGAAGAUGGAUAAGGAAAAUGGAACUGUUGAAGUUUCUAUAAAGAAAAGCAAGAAGAAAUCUAAAAGUGAGACCACUGUGGAUGGUGAGGCCAUGGUGGUGGAUGAGGCAAUGGCUGUUGCAAAUGGGGAUGCUUCACCAGAAACAGAAAAGAAAAAGAAGAAGAAGCGUAAGCUAGCACAGGAGCAAGAUAAUGCUCAGGCUCCGGAAAUUUUGGAUGGUUUAAAUGGGUUUGAAUCAAAUCAGGAUGGAACAAUCAAGAAGAAGAGCAAAGAUGAAGAAACAAAAGAUAUCUCAAGUGCAAGUGAAAUCAAGAAAAAGAAGAAGAAAAAGUCGAAAGGUGAGGCUGAAGAAUGAGUUUGUGAUAAAGUUUCAUAAUUUAGGUAGAAAUUUUUGUCAACAUAGCUGUAUUGAUUGGUACUUGCACUUUUUCUAUUGGAAGCUACUAUAGCUGAUUCAUCAUUUUUCUGAGUUUCUAGAUUGGAUUUAUGAGCAAAGUUCCUGAACAUCUGCUGGAUUAUUUUCUAAUGAGUACCUUGUAUAUGUUGCCUUUGAUCGAAAUUGAAAAAAUGUGCUUCAUUGGCUUUUGAAAUUUUAGCAAGUUGGGCGGUUA